AUGCCGGCUUACUUCUUCAAUUUGAAACUUGAACUCCUGCUCCGCUCAACCGAAACCUCGUCCGAUCAGUCGACUGCGACUCUGGCUUUGGAUAACGCAUGGGAAGCUCUCCUUCCAUUUCAGAAGCGGUCGACGACGACGGCGGCGACGACGCAUCCUGUUAGUUCGAGUCGCCCGUCCUCGGGGACUGGAUAUGAAUCGCAGAGCAGUAAUCCCACCGCCGAAACUACACUUGCGCAGCGACCCAAAAACACACCUCUGGUCAACCUCUCCACUCCUUCCUCAUCUCUUGCUGAACUCACCGCCAACCUCAGUACCUACACCCCCGGCUCCGUGACACUUGAUACUCCCUAUCCUGACUCUCAGGUUGAGUCGUCGACCUACUCUAUCGACUUCGAGAGCGAUAAGCGCUUCGGUGCCAUUUCCAUCUCGUGCAUCGACAUGGUGGCCCCGACACCGCAAGAAGGGUCCGCGAGACGGGCUUCAAAGCAUGGGAAUGCACCUCCCCUUGCUGAGGAGGAUAAUCUCGUUGCCGCGGGUAUUGGAACAGACAUUCUAGGUGGCCAGCGCACCAAGGGUCGCUAUAUCCCCCUCGACCAGGAGAUCGCCGAUAGCGUCUGGGGUAUCGUGCACCUGUAUCGAGAAGCACAGGAGACGCCUUACCUCACUGGCAACGAAGAUGACUACCCGAGCUAUCUGAAGGGCUCUGCGGCCGUGGCGAGACAGCCUAGCGAUCAGCAGCAGCGACAAUCGGCAGAUGGCGCCAGCAGCAAGCAGCCCCAGACGGGCGGUUCUGCCGGUGGUCUCACGGCGUACCCGUUUCCCGCUACUUCUUCUUCGUCUGCGCAGAGUCCUGGCGAAGAGUGCACGACGCUGUGCAUUCUAGCUGUUCCGUCUUACAUGUCGUCCUCGGAUUUCUUGGGGUUCGUUGGCGAGAAGACCUUGGAUGACGUCGCCCAUUUCCGGAUGAUCAAGACAGCUCGCGCGAAUCGGUACAUGGUUUUGAUGAAGUUUCGGAAUGCGCACAAGGCGAUGGUGUGGCAGAAGGAGUGGAAUGGGAAGGUUUUUAAUAGCAUGGAGCCUGAAACCUGUCAUGUGGUCUUCGUCAAAGCCGUCGAGAUCCAAGUUGUCGAAGAGGAGACCUCUUCUAUUCUCACCCCCGGCGAAUCUAGUACACUCUCACCCUCCCAUAAUCCGGCUACGCUUUCGCGCGCUUCCAUGUCGUCAGCCGGCCAAGCCGCCCUUUCCAGCAAGCCCCUCGCCCCUCCUACUCCUGCACUUAUCGAAUUGCCUACUUGCCCUGUCUGCCUUGAGCGAAUGGACGAGACGACGGGUCUCCUGACCAUCAUCUGCCAGCACGUCUUCCACUGCACAUGCCUCCAAAAAUGGAAAGGCAGCGGCUGUCCCGUGUGUCGAUACACGCAGGACGAGUUGCACAAAAAGCCCCAAUUCCCCGAAUCCACAGCCGAGUGCAGCGUGUGCCACUCCGAUCUCAAUCUCUGGGCAUGUUUGAUCUGCGGCACCGUCGGCUGCGGCCGCUACGACGGCGCACACGCCUUCGAACACUGGAAGGAAACCACGCACGCGUAUGCAAUGGAUCUGGACUCCCACCGCGUCUGGGACUACGUCAGCGAUCUGUACGUGCACCGCAUCCUGCAAAGCAAAACGGACGGCAAGCUCGUCGAACUGCCCGCGGCGGAUAACCAUGCCCUCGAUCCACCGGACUGGUCUGAUGCCGUGCCGCGGGACAAAUUCGAAAACCUGAGCGUCGAAUACACCCAUCUCCUCACCAGCCAACUGGAAAGCCAGCGCGCAUACUUUGAAGAAGUCGUCGAGCGCGCCGCCGAUAAAGCUUCCCGAGCCGCUUCGGAGGCAGCCGUCGCCAAGGACGAGUGGAAGGAACUCUGUGCGCGCAUCGCAGAGCUAGAAGGACAGCACAACACGCUGACAACCGAGAAAAUCCCGCAUUUGGAACGAGACCGCGCGCGCUUCGAGAAACGCGCGGAGAAGUUCGAGCAGAUGGCACGGUCGAUGGAAAAAGACUGGCGGGAGGAGAAAACUAUCAACCAGUCCCUGCUCGAGCGUAUUGAUUUCCUGUCUGCUGAGCUUGGCAGCGUCAAGGAGGUUAACGAGGAGCUGAAGGAGCAGAACCUGGCUCGCAGCGCCUGCAGGGUCAAAGGGGAGGAUAUCCAGGAGGCGACGCUUAGUGUCCCCGAUCCGCCGACGCCGGGGAAGAAGAAAAAGGGAAAGGGGAAGGGGAAGAAGAAUUAG